ACAGAUCAUGCUGCUUUACUCGGCUCUAGACUUUGGAUCCAACGCUGAGACUCAGUCCCAUUGACAGAGAAGCCACUGCUGGGACAUGUCAUCUGCCACAGACUGAAUGCUUGGUACCCAAACCCACUGAGGAGGGCACUGCCCAGGACUGCCCAGGAUUAACUUCUCCUGCAGAGAAGGAGCUCAGAUAAAGACCACUGAUUGAAUCCCAGUGCCAACCUUUGAUUUCCCAGCAUGCUCUGAGGGCCUAAAGUUCCCUUCAAUGGAGGUUGAACCCCAUGGGAGAAGACGUGUGCCAGCUGCACUCUGUUAUAAUUAAAGGCCCAGUUAUACCAUGACCCCCACCAGAUGUCUGACUUUAUUUCCUUCUCUAAACAGACAAAGGUUGAGACUACAAAACCAGAAAAAAUGAAUUUGUCUGGAGACCAAGAAAACUCAACGUAUAAGUGUAAAUUCAAUGAGGAUUUUAAGUACGUCCUCCUGCCGGUGUCGUACGGCAUUGUAUUCUGCGUGGGACUCAUUCUGAACAUUCUGGCCCUGUACAUCUUCCUGUUCCGCAUCAAGCCCUGGAAUGCCUCCACCACAUACAUGUUCAACCUGGCCAUUUCCGACAUGAUGUACGUCAUCUCCCUCCCUCUACUGGUCUACUACUACUCCCAAGGGGACAACUGGCCCUUCGGUGUGGCCUUGUGCAAAAUCGUCAAGUUUCUCUUCUACACCAACAUGUACUGCAGCAUCUUCUUCUUGCUCUGCAUCAGCAUCCACCGCUUCCUUGGGAUCUGCUACCCAAUGAAAUCCAUGGGAUGGUUAAAGGUGCGAAACGCUCGCAUUAUUUCUGUGGUUGUCUGGGUUAUCGUUUCCUGCUGCCAGUCCCCUAUUUUGUACUUUGUUACCACCAGCACCAAUGGGGAUAACACCAUCUGCCAUGACACUUCCAGUGUAGAUCUAUUUGAUGACUUUGUGGUCUACAGCUCAGUCAACUUGGGUUUGCUUUUCUGUGUCCCCUUCACCACCAUCAUUAUCUGCUAUUGCCUAAUGACGCGGACUCUUUUGAAGCCCUCUGCUGCCACCGCUCAGACUUCAGCUUCCAAGAAGAAAUCUAUAAAAAUGAUUAUCAUCGUCUUGAUGGUCUUUAUCAUUUGUUUCUUGCCUUUUCAUAUCAACCGGACCCUUUAUUACUAUUUUCGCAAGAUGGACCUUGACUGUGCUACUUUGGAUGCCAUUAACUUGGCCUAUAAGGUGACCAGACCCCUGGCCAGUGCCAACAGCUGCCUUGACCCCAUUUUGUACUUUCUGGCUGGACAGACAAUUAGAAGAAACAUCAUUUCCAGAAACGGACUCACCAAAAUGAAGAAGAAGUUUACAUCCUUUGUUGUAGAGAACAACUGGAGCAACAGUGCCGCUGCUAAUGCCAACAGCGAUGAUAGGCAGAGCACAGCAGUAAUUACCAGGGUGUAAUUAACCAACUAAUUAACCAGACACAUGAGACUUUUUUUAGAGGAGAGAAAAAAGUGGACCUGUUUUAGGUGCUCUAUCUACAUAUACCAGAUGCUUCAUGCUACAUAAGCUUUUGGUAUAUCAACCUCCAUGAGGUAACAUAGCGACACAUGAAUAUCAAUAUGAAGGAAACAAAGCCUUUAUGUAUGGGACUCCAGGAAUGGAUAGACUGGAUCAGACGGACCAGUAAGAUUGUCUGUUAUAGAUCUGGGGCUCCCCUGAGCAUGAAGUUAGAUGGAACAUUCAUAAUCUGAUCUUAGGUACUUAGGUACUUAGGGAAUACCCAGAUGGUUAGUAACCAAAAGGCAGAGAACCAAGUAGGGGAAUAUAGUCUGGGAUUGCUGGGGCUCCACUGAACAUGAAGUAAGAUGGACUAUCCAUAGUCUGCUCUCAAGCAGUUAGGGAAUGGGCAGCACAGAUGGGUCAGUCAUGAAACAAAGAGAACCCAGUGGAAGAAGAUAGUCUGUGAUAGAUAUGGGGCUCCUCUGACCAUGAAGUUAGAUGGAACAUUCAUAAUUUGAUCUUAGGCACUUAUUGAACGGCAAACCAGAUAGUAACUCAAGACUGAGGAAGUAGAGGAAGAUAGCCUGGAAUAGAUAUAGGGCUCCACUGUGCAUGAAAUACAAUGCACUAUUCAUAGUAUGUUCUCAAGUGAUUAGGGAAUGGGCAGCAGAGAUGGGUCAGUCACCAGAAAGAGAAUCCAGUAGAAGAAAAUAGUCAAUGAAAAAGACCCCAAUGGUGAACAUAAGGUGAUAAGAUAAAUGUCUGAUCUUCUGCAAGCCUUUCGGGAAUGAGCAUCUCAAAUCGUAUAGUAACCACAGAAAGAAGAUGACCAGCUAGAUAUCAAGUAGAUGGUGAUCUUCCAGUUGACAAAGAAUAUAAUCUGUCUUCAGAUUAUUAACAUGUAUUCUAUCUAUAUAUAUGUGUAUAUAUAUAUAUAUAUAUAUAUAUAUAUAUAUAUAUAUAUAUAUA